GUAAAGCAGAGGCAGCGGGGGAAGAUGGCAGCUGCCGUUCCACAGCGGGCCUGGACCGUGGAGCAGCUGCGCAGCGAACAGCUACCCAAGAAGGACAUUAUCAAGUUUCUACAGGACCACGGUUCAGAUUCGUUUCUUGCAGAACAUAAGUUAUUAGGAAACAUUAAAAAUGUGGCCAAGACAGCUAACAAGGACCAUUUGGUUACAGCCUAUAACCAUCUUUUUGAAAGUAAGCGUUUCAAGGGUACUGAAAGUAUAAGUAAAGUGUCCGAGCAGGUGAAAAAUGUGAAGCUUAAUGAAGAUAAACCCAAAGAAACCAAGUCUGAAGAGACUCUGGAUGAGGGUCCCCCAAAAUACACAAAAUCUGUUCUUAAAAAAGGGGAUAAAACCAACUACCCCAAAAAGGGAGAUGUUGUUCACUGCUGGUAUACAGGAACACUACAGGAUGGAACUGUUUUUGAUACCAAUAUUCAAACGAGUUCAAAGAAGAAGAAAAAUGCCAAGCCUUUAAGUUUUAAAGUUGGAAUAGGCAAAGUUAUCAGAGGAUGGGAUGAAGCACUCUUGACAAUAAGUAAAGGAGAAAAGGCUCGACUAGAGAUUGAACCAGAAUGGGCUUAUGGAAAGAAAGGACAGCCUGAUGCCAAAAUUCCACCAAAUGCAAAACUCAUUUUUGAAGUGGAAUUAGUGGAUAUUGAUUGAAAUAGCAAUGCUUCAGAUUUAAAGACAUCAGCAAUGGCCUUGAAGAAGCUUAUGUAAAUAAUUACACCUGGUUACUAUUGUAAGGGAAAAGUCAACUGAAAAA